AUGGCUCCUGUUAUCGAAACGCGUCGCUCGGCCCGCUUAGCCGUAAAGCCCGAAACCCAUAUCGAUCCGAAGACUCAUGCUAGGACACCUAUCCAAAAGAAGCGAACUUCACCCAGGAAUGCAACUACAAAGAAAAAGUCAAAGCCUCUAUCGAUAGACCUCGAGCAGAUUGAGGAACUGCUUGCUGCCUCAAAGAAGAAGCCUCAACGUCCGCGCGUCGCAACGAACAUCAAGAAGGAUCAGCGCGCAACCCCUCCAGUCAUCGAGGAUGCUACCACAGAGGACUCGGACGAUUACAUGGAGACUGAUUCUGAAGGUUCAGAUUCAGAAGACGAGUUUUCUAUGGAAGAUGACUCCGCAGAGUCAGAAGACGAAUACCACGAGAAAGCCAACAUGUCGCACGACCACAUCGUGUACCUAAAUUCCCACGACCUUCGGAAUGACCCUGGUCACCGUUAUUCAACCUCAUCCUACGACAGCCGCCUAGAACCCGGCAACGAACAAUACGAGAGGGAUGACUUCCUCGUCGACGAUGACGAGAGCGUAGAGAUGGAAGACAGCGAUGUCAGUGACGAGGAGUCUGAUGCCGAUGUCGAUGACCUUGUCAUCAACAUGGAGCGUGACCCCGUCCGCGUUAGUUACCGCACCACUAAUGGUCGUGUCAGCGUGAGCUCCCUCUUCUCGGAUGCGGACAAUAGUCAUCGCUCUAACAGUGCGGUCUCUCCCAAGACGGUUCGUGUGGUUCAUAGGGCUUCGCAAGAUAGCUAUAGUCACCGCCGCUCCGACUCUCUGUUCGUAACUGAUCUUGUUGGCGAUCCAUCAAUAACACAUCAGCUUGCCCCAUGGCUUCAGACUAGCGAAAAGGAGGUGGAAACACCGUUCAUUGCACGAGCAAGCGAGGACGUUGUGGAGGAGAUUGUCGAUUCGCUUGCUCUCUUCUCGCGCCGCGUUAACCGAGACCGGCCACCGAUCCGGCUUCGGCUUGCUGCUGCAGUUCUUGAGGACCUAGAGAUCCGAUACCUAUUGGAGGAUGCAAUUCACAUGGGCCUUGGUCGAAAGCGAUCUCUUGCGGAUGGGAGCAAGCGCUUGAGUAUCGGUCCCAAGGGUCGAUAG